AUGUUGAAGAUGGCCCUGCGACAUGGCCUGAAACUAGAUAAAGACUCGGUCAGGAAAUACUCACGGGAGCUUGGGUUCGAGGAGAUGCUUACACCUUUCCCGGAUUUAUUGGCGGAUCUAUCAUUCUCGAGUUCGGAGGAGUAUCAAAAAGGUC